AUGUAUUUGAAAUAUUUGUGGUUUCUCUACAUAAUUCUAAGCCUUGCUCCUGCUGCCGUUGCUCAAAUAGUACCAUGCCCACUGAAAUACCAGUGUCAACCAAAGGAAGAGCCGGUAUGGGGAAGCGAGAAUCGAGGAUGUCACAUUUUCCUUAAUAAAUGUUUCCUGGCAAAUGAAAACUGUGAACGCAUGAACAAUCAUCUGUCAAUGCUUAAGCUAGAAAAGCAAACAGUUUGCCAACAGAAGUGUCAUCAAUCGUGUCCGGACAUAAUUGCGCCCGUGUGCGCUAUCUACAGGGGAUUCCUGGAAACCUUCUCAAACCAAUGUGUUCUGGAUAAGCAAGCUUGUAAAACGGGAAAGCCCUGGCAUUAUCUUUUUGCAGGCGAUUGUGAUGCCAUUUACUCGCUUGACGAAAGGAAAGUUUUGUAGGAGGUGUAGAAGUCCCUAUUGCAGAGAACAAAAUUAGUUAAAUAUGCAUUUUUAUUUUAGCCUCCAAAUAUGUUUUGAUAUUAUUUAUAGAUCUAUCUAUUAAGCAGUCAAAAUGAUUUUCCAAGCACAUAUUUUUUCUGAAAGCAGCAAACUUAGUUGAAAUCCAAUACUUCUGAUGAAAAGAGCGUCUUCAAAUCUUCGCCGAUUGUAGUAUUCUUCAGAAGUUCUCACACAGCCAUUUUCGCGGUUUGUUUCUCU